AUGGAUAAAGGAAGCUGUCUUGGUCGUGUUCCUUAUAACUCGGUGAUUGGAUUCAUCUUAGUACUUGUUGGAGGUGGUGUCUUGUGUGGUACAAUUUAUUCUGGAAUAUCACGUAUCGAUACAUACUUUCGGUUGUAUUUUUUUCCUGUGUACUCUUUACCUUAUCUAAGAAUAGCUGCAGUUGUGAAUGGGGCAGUAGCUGUUCUACUCGCUUUUCUUAUACUAAUUUUCUCAACACUUGUGAAUAAUGCUACUCGUGGCCGCAUCUAUCGUGGUGAUCGCUACAUUAUGGGUGGGCGUUGUUCAGCAGCUCUGUUCAUGUGCACCACAUAUGUAACCAUAAUUGUAUGGUUAAUAUUUUUAGCAUUCCUUGUUGUCCCUACAUUUUGUUGGGCAAUGUUCAACUCGAUUUGUACUGCUGAGUUAGCUGAUGUUUGGCAUGGACCAGGUGCACGACGUCCUGGUCCUGAUGGCCGUGUUGCUCCAUCUCUGUUAGAGUUACGAGAUCGUAAAGAUUAUCUGGCGGAAACGUAUACAGCUCGUCUUGCCUACUAUUAUCAAAAUCUCAAUUUCGGCUAUAAUCCUUCUGAGUCUCAAAAUGGUUUCAGACCUCCUUUUGUUAAUCUGGGAAACUCGCCCAAUCUACCAAAUUAUCACGCCAAUCGAUAUUAUUCUCCUGAUUUCAACUACAUUUUUAACUUGACACAUUAUGGUGUUUAUAUUAAACCAUGGAUGUAUGAUGAGUCACUGAAUUAUCGUGAAGCCAUUACUUCGCUGAACGAAUUCGCAAGAUUUUGUGACGAAGUUAUGAUAGUGGGUCCACUUUUUGCUUGUUCACUUGGCGGUGCUGUUUUUGUUCUACUUGGUUUGACUCUAUUUGUUGGCUCAUUGUCAGCUUAUUAUACUCGAUUAAAAUUGACAAAAGAACUGACAGAUUUCAAACAGAGCAUUGCAUUAAGAUCACCCAAAAAUCAUGAUCCAUCAGCUUAUUUUUAA